CUUUGUGCUUGCUAUUUCGGAGCUAAUUAAAAAAUCAUUCCUUUUUGUAGGGAGUUAUUUUGCUCGAUUGAUGGUUGGUGAUUUUUAUGGUGCACUAAAGGAUUGUGAGGAUGCACUUUUAUUAAAAGAAAAUAAUCACAAGACUCUCUUUCGUGCUGGAAAAUUCCCUGAUAAUAAUGAAGCAAAAUCUGAAAUUGAAAAAAUACAAAUUGUUAAAAAGCAUAUUAAUGAAGCUGAGGUACAUAUAGAGAAAGGUGAAUAUAAUCUAGCUAUCAAUAGUAUUAAAUUUAAUCAUAAAAAAUUGAUGCACCACUUAAACAAAGAGGCUGAACAAGUUUCUAGAGAAUUAUUACUUGUUGAUCCAAACGCGUAUGUAAUUCAAGCUGAAAUUUUAUAUCUUGAAAGAAAAUAUGAACAAGCAAAUGCAUGUUGUCAAAACGUCUUACAGUGCAAUCCAGAUCAUGAAAGAGAAAAAGAAAUAUUGAAUAAACCUUCGAUCACUGUAUGCAUUCAAGAAAUUCCCGAUGUGUUGUUCCAAAAGAGAGAUAGUUGGUCAGAAACUUAUAUGAAUACGAAUACUGAAUUAAAUGUAACGUCUAGCAAGUUUGAUGACUUUCCCUUGAGUGAAAAUGUCAAUUAUCUGACCAAUGUCGAUGCAGAGGGGUUUAAUAGACUAAAGUUAAAAGGGACAUUCAUGAAUGAUGGUACGACAUUAUUCUUACAUAUAGUACUAGAUUAUAGUAAAUGUCUUCAUUUGUUUAUUAAAGAAAAAAUAAAAAUGGUUCAUGGAAAGGGAAAAGAAUGGGAGUUUAAUUGUGGUGACUACAUGCUCAGUGAUGAUGAGAAUUACUUCGAUCAUCAAAAGGUGGCGAGCCGAAUGUCUUAUUGGAAUUAUGAUGCCACAUAUCAAACUAUCGGAUCUUCUUUUUUAACAAGUCAAUCAAAAGAUGAUCAACAGUUUGUAAAUCUUCCAUCAAGGUGUGCAUCCUUAUAUUAUUGGAAUCUAACAAAUCCAACCUAUAAACCAUUACAAGAACGUGCCUUAUUAGGAGUCGAAUACAUUAUUUUAAAUUAA